AUGAGCCAUCAGAAGGGAUGGGCGCAACAUCCGUUGUUCUUGGCGCUGAAUGUGAGUAUCAUGCUUGGGUACUUGCUGGACCGUGAUUUGGAUCGCGAGGUUAAGAGCAUUGCAGCUGUUGAGAAUCGGACGAGGUAUCAAGGGUUUAACUAUACUUCUGUUGCGAUCGCUAAAGGUGAUUAUGCAUCCUUGUCUGAGAGAAUGAGCGGUUGUACUGUGUCUUUGGCGGGACUGAAACGCAUGUCUAAGGUCCUGAAUGAGUUCCUCGCCGAGAUCUUUAUCUAUUCGCAACGGUAUGGCAUUAUUGGCAACCAUACAUUGGAGGAAGUCAACUCAAAAGGUGGAUGA